AUGAGAAAUGUCUCCGCGCGGUACUGCGGCGUCGGCGUCGGCGUCGGCAACGGGGGCAUCGCCGCCGUGAAGGGGAACACGGGCGGGUGCUGCUCCACUGCCGUCCUGCAGGAGAUGCGGCGUCGCUUGCGGCACCACAAGGGGCUGAGCUCCACGCGAAAGGAGUUGCUGUUGCGUGAGUGCCACUACUUUGCGGUGAGGGAGCGGGGCGGCGCCGCUGCACCGCCGCUUCCUGCGGCGAGUUCAACGGUGACGCGGCACGGCACCCGUGGGGGUGGUGCGCCCGACGGCCGCCGCACGAAUUCCCUGCACCGUGUGCUGCGGCGCAUGGCGGAGUUCAUGGCCUCCACCGGGGGGUGCGGUGAGUCGCUUGUCCCGCUGCAGAGCGGCUACGGCGGGCUGGCGCCGGCAGCCGGGCUGCGGCGGAGUGAGCUGGCGAUGCGCUACGCGGAGGCCGCCUUUGCCGCCUCCAGCGACCGGACAGCGUCCAUCGUGGCUCUCGCGUUUGGUAGCCACCCCCGCCGCGGUGAGGGGGCCGCGGCUCCUUCCGCGCCCGAUGACGGUGCCGCCGCCGCCGCCGACGACGACGACGACGACGACGAAGACAAUCGCCACAAUGACGCGGCGGCGGCGCCGUUGACGUCGCUGGAGGCGGUGGCGCUGCUGCGGUGGUGCGCGUGGCACUUGCGAACCGCCUUGAACGGCCUGCAGACGGACGGCCCCGUGCCGCCGGACUGCAUGCAGCUGGCGGUGGCUCUGAUGGCGCGGCUCCUUUGCCUGAUAGUGGAGCGUGGGCUACGCGGCGGCGCCGUGGAGACAGUUGCGGAGGAACUGGAGCUGAGCGACGUGGGGUAUGCGGUGGCGCAGCAGGUGUUGGCGGUGCUGUCUGCGGGCGCGCCUCUUCUGCCGCGUGGCCGCGUUCCGUCUCCCACGCCGGAGCUCUCCGACGAGGCCGAGGACGGCGGUGACAGCCAUCGUCCGUUGCCCGGGGCCGGGGCUCGGGCGGGGGAUGAGAGUGGCAGCUGCGGCGAUCCUGCGACGACGGGAAGUGCGCCACGUGGUGCCGCGGAUGCCGGCUGGCGUGGCCUCUUGCGCAUCUCGGCGGAAGUGCAACAGGCCCUGCUCUGCAGCCAGCGCGAGCGGUGGGAGCGGGCGCUGGAGUUGCUGCUGCGCACGCAGCGCUGGAAUGAAUGGCUCGACGCAACCUGCGAUGCGCCUCCGCCCGAGGACGACGCACGCACGGAAGAGACAGGGACGCUUGGGACAGAGGAGCUGCGGCUUCUCUUGGGCGCCCCGCGACCUGUACUGCAAACCCUGAAUUACGUGCUUGCGCAGCACGGCCAGUGGGCUGCGUGCAGGCAGAUUUGGAAGGCGACGGCGGGCCGGCGGCCGCAAGCGGCAUCGCCUUCGCCGUUUGCGGCGCUGCAUCACCCGUUCAACGUGGAUAACAUCAUCACUGCGCUGGCGUUUGUCAAUGCGAGGCCAUCGAUGCUGUCGGCCGCCGCGGCGGAGGAGGGAACGAGCGACGCCCCGGAGCUUCCGGCGAAGCUGCUGCGGCUGCUGCUGCACUUGGGUGUGGUACCCCACCGCGCCCUUUCCGCGGCGGAGUUUGCCGCCCUGCUGCGGCAGUCGUUUGGCCUCCCGCUCGGCUGCGGCUCGGUGGAGGGGAUUUUGUCGCCGUCGCUUGUCUGGCGCCGGGCGGCGGCGCACCCGCACCGGGUCCGCGCGACGCUGUGCCUCCUCUGCUUUCAGGUCGUCGUCAAGAGCGGCCUCGCGCACACGCUGGCGGUGGAGGACCUCUACGCCGUGACCAGCACGCUGCGCCGGUGCCUGCAGGGGCAGACGCGGCGUGCCGCCGCCUGCGAGGCGGGAGGCAGCGGGGAGGAGGAGUCGGAGGAGGCGGAGGAGGAGGGCGCGUUGGGGCUGUUGCCGGCGACGUUCGCCGCCGCCACCCGCCGCACGGCGAUGACGUCGGCGGAGGCGCACAUUUGCGCCAUCACGGAGGUGUUUCUCGCGCGCCGACGGGAACUGCUCCCCGCCCGGCUGGAGCCGGAGCCUCGCGGAGAGGCCGGCAGGAGAGCAAUACGCACGGAGCCGCAGCCACACCCCCCUGCGCCUCCCACCACCGUCGACAAGGAGAGGAGGCUGCACAGCGGCGCGAGCAGAAGCAGCACGGUCAUGUUUUCACUUCUCUCACGGGAGCUCAUGACACUUCUUGCGAUGACGCCUUACGGAAACGCGGUCGGAAGGACAUGGCAGGCGGCGCUGUGCGCUAUCGCCAGUGAAAUUGAGCGGGAUGGCCUGGACUCCCACUCCGCAAGUGCCGUGGAGGGCCUUGCCAACGCAAUGGCAAAAAAGGUACUGGAGCCUGGUGGGACGCACCUGCUUGAGCCGCUUCUGCGUCUUGCACCGUAUGCGUCACCGUUCACCGUAAGCGCGAUCAUACAAAGCCCAGUGGGAGGCCUACUCACGUGGGAGCAGUCACUGCGGCUGCUUCCGUGCACGCCAUGGGCCUCAAACGUGCAGCGUCGCCUAUUGCGUCGCGUUGUGCAGGAGCGCGACGUCAGCGAGUUACCCCAAGUGCAAAGUCUGAUGCAGACCGUCACACUUUCACCGCGGCUACUGCAUGCCUGCCCGGCACUCGCCACAGAUAUGCGUAUGCUAACAAUCCUCGCCGAGAGAAGCUGGUGCCGGGCGCUGGAGGUGUAUGCGCGUUCGGAGUCGCGGGUACAGUGGGCCUGUGCGCCCCACGUGAUGCGGCUAGCAAUUUUGGCGGACGUAUGGCACUCCCCACGCGGCGCUGACCGCGAGGCGCUUCGGCCUCUGUUGAGGGUGGCGGUUCGGGCGAUUGGCGGGGAGCGUGUCGCGGAGGAUGUGCUACGCGCCAGCCUGCAGCGUGGGAUGUGGGCCACCGGCAUCGCCUUUCACCAGUUUCUGCACACCGAGCAGCCAGAGCUGCUGCGGCGGAACCGCAGGAUGGAGGCGUACGGGGCCCAGCUCUGCAAGGGGCUCCUGUCGCAUUCUGCCCUGGCCGGCACCAUAGCGGAGGUGCUCAAGUGGGCGCGGGCGGCGAACUGGGCGGCGGCGACUGCGGCGUUCAUUCGCUACGCGGCGGAGGGCAACCCGGCGUCCGAGCCACCGCCACGGCAGGGAUCGCGGGCGGCCCCGCCGCGCUGGGAGGAGGCCCUGUUCCCCGCGAGUGUCCCGUCGCAGUUGUCGCACGUGGCACACACCGUGCGCUACAGCAUGUUCUGCACCCCGGGCAGGUGGCGGCAGGCGCUGGCGUGGUUUCCCCCCCGCACGUUGCCGUUGCCACUACACCACAGCCUUCAGCUGCAGUUGCGCACGGGCGCCGCGGUGGACUCCGCCGUGUACGCGGCUGUCGGAGAAGCGACCGACGUGCCCGAUGCACACGGGGAGCGCGCGAGGGACGAGACGACGCCUCGCCCGCUUCCGUCGCCGUUGUCUAUGUCUUUGGUGCAGAUCGCGCUGCAGGAGAAGCUCCACCGCACAGCGACUCCCAGCUAUAGUGCCUCUGUCGAAUCCGUCGAGCAAACCUUGCGGCUGCUGCAAAAGCGAGGUCAGUGGGAGCAGGCAAUGGUGGUGUGUGAACACGCCCUUGCUAACCGCUGCUUUCCACACUCCGCCAGCGCGAUUCUGCUGUCUGCGUGUAGCUCGUCGUGGGAAGUGUCGCUGAGUUGUUUUGCGCACCUGACGGGGCGCAUGCGGCCGGAUGCAGUCACGGCGGCCCUGGCCCUCAAGGCGUGCGUGCAAGGUCAACAGUGGGUGCUCGCCCUGCGAAUUCUUCGUCAGAGCGCGCUCACCUCCGCCGCGCCCUCCCCGCGGGUGGUGGAUUAUGCCGUGAGGGCGGCUCUCCUCUCCGGGGCGUGGCCAGCCGCUCUGCGCGUCGUGCGGCAGUACCAGCGCACAAGCAGCCCUUUGCUGGCGAACACCGUCAUGCUGGUGUACGUGCAGUCCGAGUGCUGGAGUGACGCGGUGGAGUACUUCUACGAGUGCGUGAAGCGCGGCCUGUGCCCCGUGGACGAGUCGCUGGCGCUGGCCAUCACGGCGAGUCGGGCGGUGUCGGCGGAGUACAGUGACGCCGCCCGCGUCGUCGGGGUCAUCGCGUCCGCGCUGGAGGACUUCUGCCACGUCCACGGUGUGGUGCUGCAGCACGUGCUCGUGGUGUACCGCGGGAUGUCGCGCGGGCCCGUCAUCUGCCCGGACCCCGACGUCUCCCUCGUCUCCCUCGCCCACGCCCCCCCGCUGCUGCCGUGA